UCCUUCUUGAAUGUUCGGAAGAGGACCUUCCCGUACACGAACAAGUGGACAAUGCCCUGAAACGAGAAUCAAGGCGUGGAAAGUCCAGGAAACGAAAGCCAGUGAUCGACUACCGACUACGCCCAUGAGUGUCGACAGCGCCCUCGCGCUGCCUGGAGCGGCAUCAUGCGGAACUACAGAGCUGGAGGAGACUGGAGAGUUUUCUGCUAAGUUUAUGUUUGGUUUGUGAUGCUGGAUAACUUAUUUGCAACCGUCGGAAACGUUUUUGCUGUGAAUCAGAAUAGUAAGAAAUAAAAGUGGUCCAUGACACUUUCUGAACAUACCAACACAAUAUCUUUCUUAGAAUGCCUCUAAAUUCAGACAUAUCAACUGCACUGCAGUUAUUGGAGCAUAUCCAACAUACUAUCGACUCCAGCGAUGAUGUUAAGCUCCAAACUCAGACAGCAGAUGAUCUAAACCUUCUCAUAUCUGUUUUGGAAAACCCAAUAUUCCGCAGUAUUGUCACUAUUCAGGAUUCUUUAACUGAAUUAAAUCAACAACUCCAAGAGCACCCCUCUAUACUUCCUGUUGAUUUUGAUAUUGCUCCAACUGGAGACCUUGUUCUCACCGUUCCAAGAGAGCCCGAUCUCUACUACCUGCAUCAUGGAUCGCAAGAGCUGGAUGACCAGAGAGUUCCCCAACUCUCGCACAGCAGCUCAGGCGACACCAAUUCACCUCCACAGUUGCACAUGGCCCACAGCCCAGAUGUGACCCAGCCUCCAAUCACUACGUCAACCUAUGCUCUAGAAUUCCAGAAGGCUAUUGAGCAAUCUUCCCAUGGCAGGCAAAUUCUCUUUAUUCAGCUGUUCAAACCGGAGAGCACCAGCCUUGGCUUCAGCGUUGUUGGGCUGCGAAGCGAGGACCGAGGAGAGCUGGGCAUUUUCAUUCAGGACAUCCAACCGGGGGGCAUUGCCGGACGGUGA